GAUUCUAAAGCUGAGGCACCAAUGCCUAAGUGUCGCAGGUUGUGGCUUGAGGAAGCGUUCAGCUUUGCGUAGCUGAGACUAUCAAGGUCGUGCUGCGUUCGCGCUGAAUUAAAAGAUGCCGAGCAUUGACUAUGAUACAUUAGGCUGAUAUUUCAUUCAUUUGGGGCGCCAAAGCAGCAAGGCGUCGGUCGCCUGUCAGCAGUAGCUGAGGCAGCAAGGCGAUGCAGAGCCGCAAGGACCUUGCGGAGGCAGGGAGGCGCAAGCUUGAGGAGUUCCGCAAAGCCAAGGCACAGGGCAAGGCAGCUCCUGCACCACCUGCAGCAAAGGCGGCCGCAGGCUCAAACGGAGCAGGGGUAGGAAUUGGACAUGAGAGCGCGGCAGUCGUCUCGGCUCCUGCACCGGUCGCGGUGACAACGGGCCCAGUGACAGGGGUGGAGCCGCCCGCGCCAGCAGCCUCCCAUUCGCAGCUCCAUAGCAAUGGCGGGGGCUAUCACGCGCCGUCAGCGCCAGCGCAGCACUCUUGGGCGCCCGUGACCAGCAGCGCCCCCCCAACCGCGCCGGCUGCGGUGCCGGCUCCGGCAGCCUGGGGCGCGGGCUAUGGCACGUACGCCAACGGCGGCGACUCAAGCUACGGCGGUGCCUCCGGCUACGGCGGCCAACAGUCCAGCGCCGCCAGUACGGCAUCCAGCGCACCCUGGUCAGCGGCGCCGGUGGUUCCACCGCCCCCGCCAACAGUUGUGGCGGGCUCGGGCGCAAGGACGAUUUGGGACGCGCCGAGCGCUGCCACUCCCGCAGCGGCCACGACAGCUCCCGUCAGUGCGAUCUCCAGCUCUGCGCCGCCGGCGAAUGCAUUCGUGGUGCUAGCGGAUGCGCCGAUACCCUUCGGCGGGGCUAUCCCUUUCGGCAGCUCGACAGCGCCCGCAGCACCGGCGCCUGCGGCCCGCACAUCCAGCUCGGGGCUGGGGGCCGGGCAACAAAACGACACUGCAUGGUUCUCGGGGGCAGCGGGAACGUCUGCGGCGGCGGCAGCGCCAGCAGAUUAUGGGUCAACUGGCACGGCUGUGCCGGCAUAUGCGCAGCCUAACCCCGCGGCUGCUGUGCCCACAACCACCACAGCUCCUGCCUACCCCUGGCAGGCGCCUUCAGCUGUGAGCAGCAGUGGGGCGUCGGCUGCCGCUGUGUCGGCGUGGGGUCAGCAGGCGCACGGACACGUGCCUCAGCCCACCUCGGCCUACCCCUACUCGGGGCCAGGCGACACGACAGCGUACGGCAGUACAGCAUACGGGGCCGGUACCGCUUAUGGUACCUCCACUUCCUACAAUGCCUACAGUGCCUACCAGCCGACCGCGGCUGCUCCCGCUGCCGCUUCCCACACUGCCCCGCCCACCACCGUGCCAUCUUGGCAGGCGAGCCCCGCCACCACCACGCCUGCAGCAGUACCACCACCCGUCAGCGUGGGAGUCCCUCCGCACACCGCUUCAGCGGCCUCAGCCGGGGAAUCGGCGCUGGCAGGACCCGCGCCCUGGGACCUGCCGUCGCCCACGGCCGCCGGCGCCGCCGAAGCGGCGGCCCCUGCCUUCAUGCCGGUGCCGUUCACGAGCGAUGCGCGGCCGUACGAGACGUCGGGCGCUGCGUCGGCAUAUGAGGCAAUGCCGUCGGCGGCACCUGUCGCGGAGGCUACCCGCGGUGACGGCAACUCCGCUAGCUCCGCGGCGGCCCCGCCGUUCUGGCUGGAUGGCGCGGACUCGGCCGGCUCCGGCUCGGGAGGAGGCUUGUUUGGGGCAUCUACUGGCGCGUUGUUUGGCGGGGCGGCGCCGCUGCCGGUGACGGACGCAGUAGUUGAUGUGCCACCGCCGCCCCAAGCGGCUCCAGCAGUUGAGACGCCACCACGUCCGCUGCCGCCGCCGCCCUCCACGGCCUCAUGGUGGUCUAGGCCAGCGGAGCCGCAGGCGGCGCCUGCUCCUGCCGCAGCGCCUGUCAGCAGCAGCAGCGGGGCGGCGGCAGCGGAGCCGCACAAGCCGUCAUGGCUUGCCUACUCGGCGGAACUGGUCCAAGGGCCGCCCGCUCCUGCGGCGCCGCAGGCCGAGGCGGCGUCGGGCGGGAUCGGGAGCAGCAGUGCAGGGGCCGGCGUUACGGCAGAGCCGCAGCACCCAGCGGAUGCAGCAUUGGCAGCGGCUCCGGCUCUGUCGGGCCCAGCGCCCUGGGACACGGCCGCCAGCCCAGCAGCGGACGCCAGUGUGGCCGCAUUCUUCGACUCGUUGGCGGGCUUUGUGGAGGCGGCCACGGCAGACGAGGCCGUGCCGGGAGGCGUGCCCGAAGCACCGCCUGCCGCGCCGGCUGCCACGGCGCCGGCCCCUGCACCGGCUGCCUCGGCGGACCCCCUUGACGCGUACGGUAUGCUGGCAGACAGCUACCUCGCACCCACCUCCACAACCCCGGCUGCGGACCCCGCCGUGACCGGUGCUCCUUCCACGGCUUCGCCGCUGUUCGGCGCGGACGUGACUGGGGCCGCCGGUGCCGGGGCCGGGGCCACUGGGGGGUGGACGCCGCAGCCAUCCAAGGGGCCUGAUGCGCCAGCUGCUGCAGCCGCAGAGGACGCUGCGUCGAUUCAGGAAGUGGAGCCGGUGCCUGUGUCAGGGCCCUCGACGCCCGCCCCUCAGCCUAGUACGUCCGCGGUGGCGCCGGCGCCAGGAGAGUCUGUGUCUGCGGGCACGCCGCAGCUGCCGCUGUCCUUGGCGUCUAGCUCGGGCUCGCCGCCUGCAGCAGGCAUGGUGGCUGGUUCGUCGGCACAGCAGCCUGCUUCUACGGCGGCAGCGGCACCCUCGCAGCAAUGGCAGGGGCAGCAACAGGGGCAGCAGCAGGGGCAGGGGCAGCAACAGGGGCAAAGCAGAGGCUCGCGCUUCACCUCUUGGCUGUUUGGUAGCCCCACGGGUGGUAAGACCCAUGCCCAGCAGCAGCAGCAGCAGCAGCAGCAGGCGCUAUCCCAGCCGUCGGAAGAGCCAAAGCCGCAGUCAGGCAACGCACCUGCUGCGCCGGAGCCUUCCAAGCCAUCCGCGGAAAUUGAGGACCCGCAGCCGUCCGCCAAGACAGUGGCAAGCAGCAGCGGCCUCGGUCUUGAGCCGACCCCGGUAGGGAGCUCUGUGCCCGACGCGGCGGCAUCUGCGGCUGCGAGCACCAGCCAUGACGCCCCGAGCACCAGUUGGACGGCUGUCGCGGCCGCCCAAUCCAGCACGGGCGGCGUCAGCAGCAGUAGUAGCACUCUGCCGCCGCAGAUGUCUCUGGGCGAGUGGGGCCGCGGCCAAAUUAUGAACGGCGGGGAAGCCGGUGCCGGUGAGCACCCCGCGGCCUCGCCCUCCGCGGCCGCAACCACCUACGACUAUGGCUUGUCCUCAAGCGCCGCAGCAGCCGGCGCCAGCUCGGGGUCAGGGCAGGCCGCUGACGCGCACGCUCCCUCUACAACCGGUGGUGCAGCGGGGUCAAGCGAUGCAGCUAGCGGGCUGCCAGACUGGAUGCGCAGUACCAGCGCCGCCGCCGCCAGCACCUCCGCUCCCUACAGCUCGCAGGUUGGCGGCACUGGUUCCAUGUACGGCAGCUCCUCGGCAUACGGCGGCUCUACCAUGUACGGGACCGCAUACGGCAACGUGCGCGACGGCACGCGUGCGGGCGGCUAUGGCGCCGACAGCAGCAGCGGGGGCGGGGGCUAUUCCUCGACCCUGGGGCUGUACCCUGGCUCUUCGGGGCCCCCAUCCACCUCCGGCGGCGCGGGUCUUACAACCUCCCUCCACGGCAGCAACCCCGCUGCUGCGGACGCGGCUGCGGAGGGCACGGCAGCGCACGGCGCCGGCGCGUCGACAGGCAAGGAAUGGAGUGUGCACGAGCCGUCCCAUGCCAACACCGUGCCUGCUCCUCGGGAGAUCUCCCUGGGUGGCGCGCCGCCAAUGGCGGUUGGGGCCAGCAGUGGGGCUGCUGCCGACGCCAGCGCCCCGCCCGCCUCCAGCCUUACCUUCCCGGCGCCUUCCUUCCCCACGCCCUCCUUCCCGCCCUCGGGGCCACACCCCACCGGCCUGCCGCCGCUGCCGCCUGCGCCGCCGGCAGCUGUUGUGCCGCCCAACCUCGCCACCUCGGGCUUUGCAGCCACCACGUCCUACUUGUCUGCGUACUCGGGUGCCGGCGCCGGCAGCACUGGCGGCGGCUCUCGUGGCGGUGCCGCGGCCACGCCCAGCUUCCUGGAGUCCUACCUUGACAACCUCCUUUCCGAUAUGUCAGGGACAAAGGAUGGCGCCGGCGCGGCCAAGGGCGAGGCGCCUCACAAGGAGGCGGGCGCUGAGGCCAGCGGGGCCGGCUCUCCUCGGACGUCCGAAGCCGGCGACGACCCAGCCUCAGCAGCAGGGCGACAUGCCGGCGACGGCGCCGAGCACGACGCCGUCGGCGCUGACGCCGGCGCCGACGUGGGCGCCAGCAGCGGCCUGGGCGACCGGGUGGUGAGCACCGGUGACUUCGGGGCGGCACAUGGAGGCAGCGGCGGCGGCGGGCUGCUGGGGCACACGGACAGCAGCGCUAACCUGCGCGUCGGCCACUCGCGCCGCCAGUCCACAGACUCGAUCAUGUCGCACGCAACGGCCCACACGCACGGUUUCGGCGGGCCAGGCGGCGGUGGUGGCUAUGGCGGCAGCGGCGGCAGCCGCGCUCAGUUCAGCGCGCUGCAGCAGCACAUUGACGAGCUGACGGAGGAGAAGCUGCAGCUGAGCCGCGGGUUGCAGCAGCAGGUGCGCAUCAACGAGCAGCUGGGCGACGAGGUGGAGGAGCUCACGCGCCAGUACAACGCGCGCGGCAAUCUGGUGGACGAGCUGGAGCGCAAGGUGAAGCAGUAUGAGGAGGAGCUGCAGGCGCAGACGCUGUCGCUGGAGGGCUUCUCAGACGAGCGGGCGGCGGCGCGCAGCAGCUACCAGGAGGCGGCAGCGCGUGCGCAGGCGCUGGCGGCGGAGGUGGUGGCGCUGGAGUCGCAGGUGCUACAGCUCAAGAGCGCGGUGCUCAAGGCAGAGCGGGCGGCGGAGGAGGCCACCUCGCGCGCCAAGAAGUUGGAGAAGCAGGUGGCGACGCUGACAGCGGAGGCGACCGAGCGCUCCCAGGAGCUGACGCAGACGCAGCUCAAGGGCCGCAACCUGGUGGUCAAGCUCAAGCAGACCGAGGCCAAGCUGGAGGCGGCGGAGGAGAAGGCGGCGGCGCAGGCGGCGCUGCUGGCGCGCAACGGCCUGCUCGCAAACGGCCACGCCGCACACCUGGCGGUGGCGCCGCCGCCCAAGCCGCCCGUGGCAGAGGCGGAGGUGCAGUGCGAGCUGGCGGCAGAGCUGGCAGCAGAGGCGGCGGCGGCCGCGGCGGAAGCCGCCGAGGCCGAGGCAGCAGCAGCCGAGGCAGCAGCCGUGGCGGAGGCGGAGGCGGUUCGCGACGGGGACUCCACCCGCCGCCAGUCGCGCGCCAGCGGCAGCGGCGACGACGGCCUGCCGCCCGCCAACGCGCACGCGCUGGCGGUGGUGCCGCGCGAGCCGCUGGAGGCCGAGCCGGCGCCGCCGAUGGACUGGGCGUCGGCUCGGCCCACUCGCGACGCGCCCAGCGCCAUUGUGGCGGAGCGCGCGCUGGCUGGGCUGGACACGUCAGCCCUGAUGCGGGCGGUGCGGGCCGGCAGCCGCGCUGCCUCCCGCCCCGACCUGAUCACAGAGGCAGGGCUGGGCGACGUGGCGGCGGCGCUGGCGCGCUGGCUGCCGGCAGGCCCGGUGACGGGCGGCGACCCGGUGGCGCUGCUGGUGGAGGAGGAGCUGCGGCUGAUGGGCAGCAUCUCGGACCUGCUGGGCGAGUUCGAGGCGGGGCAGGAGCACGCCGCCACACGCAUCCGCGACUUGGAGGACCGGCUGGCUGCAAUGGCUGGCGAGAACGACGAGCUGAGGUCCAAGCUGGAGCUGCAGACGCAGCGGCUGGAGCUGCAGCUGCAAGGCAGCCUGCUGUCGGCGCAGUCCGUGCCGCUCAUGUCUCUGCACCAGACGCCCAUGAGCCACGCCAUCCCGCCCUCCGACGCCGAGGACAGCGGCACGCCCAGCCGCCAUACCGCAGCCACCCACCACCCGCACCCGCACCACUACGCCGCGCCCCGCCCGCCCGGCUCCCUGGCCGCCAUGACGCCCGCCUCCAGCCUGGCGCAGUCGCCGCUGCCGCCCCACGCCGCCGCACUGCUGCACGCCGCCGACCCGCUGUCCAUGACGCCCACCCGCUCCUCCCGCCUCACGCCCAACAUCUCCGCCGAGCUGCAGCAGCACCACGCGCAGCAGCAGCCGCAGUCGGCGCCACAACGCCAGGGCUGGAUAGGCUACCUGUUCCGCCCGCGCCAGAAGAAGCGUGUGCGCGGCGCCAUCCUGUGAGCCUGCCGCUGCGAGCUGCCGCCAGCGUCCCGCCUCGCCCGCUUGGCGCAGCGUCGAGGCCUCCACAGCUUCCACCGGGCCUCCGAAGCGAUGGCCGCUGUCCCGAGCGGGUGAUAACAUACAACCCUCCUUCAGCAGCUCCCCAUGCCGCCGGAGCACCACAAUAAAAGGCAUCAUGCCUCUGUAACCGCUCAUCCGGCCAUCAUCCGCCACGGCUACUUAACGCCUACCAUGACCCAUAGCACAUACCUUGUAUGUAGAGAUGUUUAGUCUGAUAUUGCAGUGCUGGUGGAGUCGGCUGCCACGGGAAGUCUGGCGCAUUCAAAGCUGAGCUGUAUUCGCUGCUGUAACUGUUUCGAUAGAGCUCUGUGAAACCUGUAGUACGGCUGAGCUGCUGUUGGGGCCGGCUGCGAACAGCAUGGGUGCGAGUCGCAGGUGCUGGACACGCAAGGACAGGGAAUGGACAG